AUGCAAAUUUUCGACCAUCAACCGACGUUCGCAUUCAAGAUGGUCAAUCUUCGCACUCAGAAGCGCCUUGCGGCGUCCGUCAUCGGAUGCGGUCAGCGCAAGAUCUGGCUCGACCCCAACGAGGUUAAUGAGAUCUCCAACGCCAACUCCCGUCAGACCAUCCGAAAACUCGUCAGCGAUGGCCUCAUCAUCCGCAAGCCCGUUACCAUGCACUCCCGAUCCCGCGCCCGUGAACUGAACCUCGCCCGACGAGAUGGCCGACACCGAGGUUUCGGUAAGCGAAAGGGUACCGCCGAUGCUCGCAUGCCUCAACAAGUUCUAUGGAUGCGACGCCUACGAGUCCUCCGACGUCUUCUAGUCAAGUACCGUGCCAGCGGCAAGAUCGAUAAGCACCUCUACCACGAGCUGUACCAUUCCAGCAAGGGUAACGCCUUCAAGCACAAGCGAGCGCUAGUUGAACACAUCCACCGUGCCAAGGCCGAGAAGGCUCGUGAGCGUGCGCUCCAGGAUGAGAUGGACGCCAAGAGACAGAAGAACAAGGCUGCUCGUGAGCGUAAGUUGGAGAGGCAGGCGGCGAAGCGAAACGCGCUGGCGGGUGAGGAGGAGGCAUAA